UUGAAUUCUGUUUGUCAUUUCCAGCCUUGGUCAUCUUUAAAUUUCGUCCGGACGUUCAGCACUACUUCUGGAAAGGGAGGUCAGGGCUCAGAUGGAGGUGAAGAUCCGCCAGCCGACGCUCCUACUCCCGGCUCUGGCUCUGAAGGAACUGCCCCACCUCCCGAAAGUCCAGCUCAUCCGCAAUUGGCUCUGUCUACUCAGAACGUACCAGACACCUUUCCGUUGGUUCCAGUGAUUGCCAUCACGGGUGCCCCAUUGUUUCCGAAGUUUGUGAAAAUGAUUGAAAUCACAGAUGAACGUCUGAUAAAUCUGCUACGUCGAAAAAUCAAAUUGCAUACGCCGUACGCUGGAGUUUUUCUAAAACGCUCAUCUACUGAAAUUCAGCUUGUACGUCAAGUGGAUGAAAAUACAGCGUUCAUUACUGACGCACCAUCGUCCUCCGUCUCCCGUCACAAACGGAAUGGUUUCACUCGACGUGCUAAGCGCGUCGCAGCUGCAAUCACGGGGAAGGAAGAGUUUCCGGAAGCUGCGGAUACAGCUGCCGAGUCAGAUGUUACCAAACCCGCCUCGGAUGCGGAUGUUCUGUUAGAUGAUCAUCCGAGUAUGCCUCCUUCACCGGUCCUCAUGGCCGAGACGAUUAAUGUCUAUCACGACCCGUAUGAGACCACACAAGAGAUCAAG